AUGGGUCUCUACAAGUUCCUCCUCGCCAUCCUCCCGGUCGUCCUCGCCGCUGACCUCUACGUCGCACCCACGGGUUCUGACAGUGCUGCCGGCACUCUCGCUGCCCCCCUCAAGUCGAUCCAGAUUGCCGUCGACAAGGCCGUUGCUGGUGACACCAUCUACCUGCGCGCCGGUACCUACUCGCCUACAACCAACAUCAAGAUUACCAAGAGCGGUACCGCCGCAAAGCCCUACACCCUGACGGCAUAUAACAACGAGGCGGUCAUUAUCGACGGCGAGGCUCUGCCAGGAACCCCUGCCGCCCUCGGUGCCUCUCUUGAUAAUGCCGACCGUGGCGUUCUUCACAUUGAGAAGGCCAACUACUGGAAGUUCUACAAGCUCACCAUCAUCAACGGUCCCUAUGGCGUCUACCUCCGCGAUGGCUCCAACAACUACUUUGAACGCAUCGUCACCCACGACAACUACGAGACGGGCUUCCAGAUGCAGGGCUCCCUGAACAACAACCAGGUUGUCUAUCUAGACUCGUACCGCAACCGCGACCCCCGCAAGAACGGUGAGAGUGCCGACGGCUUCGCCUGCAAGGAGGGCUCCGGCACGGGCAACAUCCUCAAGGGCGCCCGUCUCUGGGAGAACGUCGAUGACGGUCUUGAUCUUUGGGCGUUCAAAUCGCCAGUCACCAUCAUUGACACCAUCUCUUGGGGUAACGGCGUGAAUCGAUGGGGCUUCAGCGACUUCCAAGGGGAUGGAAACGGGUUCAAGUUGGGCGGCGGUGAUGCUGCAAACACUGCCGCGGCCAACCACGUCAUCACCAACUCCAUCGCCUUCAACAACGUCGCCAAGGGCUUCACGGACAACAAGCAGCCCGGUAACUUCCAGUUCACGCGCAACACGGCGUGGAACAACGGCGGCGUUGGCUUCCAGACCGUCACGACCAAGUCGACGCUGAAGAGCAACAUCGCGGCGUCCAACUCCAAGACGACGGCCAAGUCGGGCCAGACGUCACUCGUCAGCGGUACCAGCAGCAGCGGCAACUCGUGGGACGGAAGCACCACCUGGUCCGACUCGAGCUUCAAGAGCGUCGACGUCAGUCUCGUCAAGGGCGCGCGCCAGGCCAAUGGCAAGAUCGCCGCGAGCAACUUUUUGAUUCCCACCUCUGGCGAGGCCAUUGGCGCCACCACCACCUGGUCUUAG